AUGUCGUCGCAACAACCACCAAGAAAUACAAAUCCGAACUUGAAGCCUCGCGUUGUUAUGGAUCCCCAUCUUCAGUCUGGGGCCGGGGCCCCGAGACGACCACUCCCUGUUCAAGAUAUUCGGCAGACGAAGGAGUAUAAGGCUGCUUCGAGACGGUGGAUCUCCACGAUUGUGGCGCUGCCGGUAUUGAUGUAUACGUCGUGGGUUUUGUAUGAGCGGACGUAUGGAAACCAGCAGCCGAAGCGCCUGAGUGAUCUGCCUCCACCUAAUAGCGAGGAGACCAAGUGA